CUCACUCAGAGACUGCGGGAGCGUCGGGGCCGACAGAGACAGAUUACGUCAAGAAAUAGUUCCUCCACCUACCUCGGCCGGCCUCCCCGCCCCUGUGGGUCUCCCGCGCCCAGCUCAGCCCUGGGGGUCCGGGAACCCUGGCUUCUGGGACUGGCUUUUUCACCCUGUUCAAAAAAAAAUCCUCAUGGUAGGGGGGAGCCAUCUGCUUAUGGUUGCACAUGGACAAGGGGGGGGUUCCCUGAUGAGCUACGGGUCGUCCUGGGAGGGGUUGGCCGGCGCCUUGGGUCCAGAGUGGCAGACCCCCAGGAAAACGCAGGUCGCGGGGAUCAGCAGAGAGAAGGGGGUGGGGGGUUGGAAAGCAAGGGGAAAAAAAGCCCCUGCGCAUUGAUCCGCGCCGUAUUUUUGGGUAAAUACGAUCACGUGGGGGCUGGGGAACCAAUGAGCUGCCGGGAAAAGGCUGGAAAAAUAAUUACCUGCCUUGAUUGUUCUGUGAGCAGAUAAAAAGUACAUAUACAGUUCAUACAAUAAUCUUAUGUAUGUAAAACCCCGUUACGAUGUCGGCGACGGGGCCCAUCAGUAACUAUUACGUGGACUCGCUCAUCUCUCACGACAAUGAAGACCUCCUAGCGUCCAGGUUUCCGGCCACUGGGGCUCACCCGGCCGCCGCCAGACCCAGCGGCUUGGUGCCGGACUGUAGCGAUUUUCCGUCCUGUAGCUUCGCGCCCAAGCCGGCCGUGUUCAGCACGUCGUGGGCGCCCGUGCCCUCGCAGUCGUCCGUGGUCUAUCACCCGUACGGCCCCCAGCCCCACCUCGGCGCCGACACGCGCUACAUGCGGACUUGGCUCGAGCCGCUGUCCGGCGCCGUCUCCUUCCCCAGCUUCCCCGCCGGGGGCCGUCACUACGCCCUCAAGCCGGACGCCUACCCCGGGCGCCGUGCUGACUGCGGCCCGGGCGACGGCCGCAGCUACCCGGACUACAUGUACGGCUCUCCCGGGGAGCUGCGCGACCGCGCCCCGCAGACACUGCCCUCGCCUGAGGCGGACGCGCUCGCCGGCAGCAAGCACAAAGAGGAGAAGGCCGACCUGGACCCCAGCAAUCCCGUGGCCAACUGGAUCCACGCCCGCUCCACGAGGAAGAAGCGCUGCCCCUACACCAAGUACCAGACGCUGGAACUGGAGAAGGAGUUUCUCUUCAAUAUGUAUUUAACCAGGGACCGUCGGUACGAGGUGGCCCGGGUUCUCAAUCUCACUGAGCGGCAGGUCAAAAUCUGGUUUCAGAACCGGAGGAUGAAGAUGAAAAAGAUGAAUAAAGAAAAAACCGACAAGGAGCAAUCUUAAGCCUUGCCCCAGCCUGCUGCCUCGGCACAGCCAAGGGAAAAACAAAACCCCACAAAAAUGCCCCAGCCCAGGCGGGAGAAAGCACGAAAGGAAAGAGCAAGAUAGAGAAAAGCCCAUCGGCUUAAAAAGACAAAAAGGAAGGGGAAAGGAAAACUCUUGCGAUGUGGGAGGGUUAAAUGUUGAGAAAUUGGUGUUUUAGAGUUAGUUCUAUCCAGCGAGGAGGAGGCAGGAGAGAAACCGCGUUCUCUUCCCCCAGCGCAACCGAAAUAAAUGACACACACAAAUGUGAUUUUUUUCUUCCUUUUUUCUUCUGAGAAGUCAGUACUUGAAUUGGUAUACUUUUACAUCUCUUUUUUUUUUCUGUAUCAUAUUUGGUCUGGGUCAUUCCUUCCCAGGCCUUGGGCAUUCUGCGUGCAGAUUUCGUACAAAAAGACACACACGAUGAUUCCUAGCCCAGGAGCUGAGGGGCGAGGGCUGGACCAUGCUGCCGGCUAGGUCGGGCGGUGAAGGCAGGCUGGUGCCUCAGGCGUGUAUAUAGCUGUGUUCCUUCUCACCCCCAGCAUCCCUCCCCAGCGACCGUCUUGUAACGUGCUUCUGUUUGUUAUGGUAGAACAGCUCUGUGUUAAUAUAUUGAAGUCACUUAA